AUGAAGACUUCAAUCAUCACCGCCCUUGCCGUCUUUUCAUGGUCACAUGCCGUCAGUGGAGUUCAGAUACCUCGUGGCGGCUCCAAUCAAUGUGCCCUACGGAACAAGAAGCUGCUUAACAGCCCGGAGCUAGAGAACCACGACCAAAACAUCCCUCGCAACCACCACCGCUCUAACUGCCACGACCACAUUCACCACAAGCACAUUUACAACCACCGUCACGUCACCCAGGAAGCGCGGCGCUCCCCCACCGGCCCACGCCCGCAUCCCCAAGUACGCGGCCGCUCUAUGCCCAGACUCGGCGGCUUACCGGUCCGCCUGCUCGUGUUUGGGGGUUACGGCACGCACGACGACGGCGGGGCCGGCGCCCACCGCAACAUCCCUGACGACGUCGACGGCGACCGUCACGCAGACGUCGACUGCGACAUCGGUAGCGGUGUUCACCGCUGUCGUAAACACCUGCACACCCAACGGUAG